AGAGAGAGGCGAGGCUAAGCUAACCGAAGACUAGAAAUGGACGGGAUAAGUGAGAUCAACUCCUUUUCCUCCCUCCUUGCAGGACAUGGGCUCCCCGUCGCUCAGCUCGACGACCACAGUGACGGUGGUGGUGGUGGACGCCGACGACCUGCCUCCGGUGUUCAGCCACGAGCGCUACUUCGCCAAGGUCUCCGAGCACCCGGGCCACGACACGGGCGCCGCCAUCCGAGAGGAGGUGAGCUUGACCCCGGGCCCCCUCCGCGCUCUCGACGGCGACGUAGGGCAGAACGCCAGUCUUCGUUACACGCUCGUCCGUUCUCCGGCCUCCGAAUACUUCACCCUCGACCCCCGCAGUGCUCAGCUGUUCCUCACGAAGCACCUCGACCGGGAAGUGCUGGCCGAUAGCUCGCUCGUCCUCCAUGUUCGAGCGGAGCAGGAGGACAACCCACGCCGUGUCGGGUCCAGCGUGAUCGAGGUGUUCGUGGAGGACGUGAACGACAACCUGCCCGAGUUCAGCCACAGUGUGUACGCCAUUUCCAUCGUGGAGAAUUUGCCGUCGGGUUUCAGCGUCGUCCAGGUGUCGGCCACGGAUCGGGACGAGGGGGUAAACGGCGCCUUCAACUACCACGUGGUGGGCGGCCAGGGAGCCUUAACUGUCAACCCUCUGUCAGGCUGGUUGACGGUGGACAACCACAACAUCCUGGACCGCGAGGAGUCCCCCGUCAUCACCCUGUACGUGUGUGCCAACCAGAUCGCGCCCGUCGUCCAGGCACCGCCGGGCGUCAGGCAGACGUCCCUCUUCCGCAAUAGGACUUCAGGAGGCGCCGACGACAGUCCGAGAGGAGGCGCGGUUGACGACAAGGAGGAGAAGGAGGAGGAAAGGAUCCCCGAAGCCCCCGUGACGGAAGAUCCUCCCACGACGUUCCAGGAGAGGUCGCGGGAGUCGCCGACGCGAGUCACUGUCCCGUUGUUGAGGCGGAGGACGCGACCCACGCCAUCUACGCGAGCUGGAGAAAGAAUCAAGGACAGUCCUUCGUCAGAGUCCCGGGCGCCGUCGGGAAUUGUCACGCGUCAGAGGAGGACCGACGCCCAAGUGAGGGGAAAGGCAGCAGCUGAAAGAAGCUCGAGGGAACUCUCGAGAAGGGAAUCGCGAGUGUUACCAGGCAUCAAAAGGAAUGGAGAACCUUCAGAAGAUAAUGAAGAUGAUUUUGAUGUAACAACAACACCGAAGACGACAACAACAACAACAACACGCUUGAGGAGAAGAAUCGAUGAGAAUCGAAGCAGGUCCUCGAGACGUCCUCGCUCCGAACGAUCCACAACCGAAGUCAGAAAAUCUCCCGACUCCCCCGACUCUCCCGACUUCAGAUCCGACUCGGAGUCCUGUGCCAAGAUCGAGCUGAAACUCUUGGACGCCAACGACAACAACCCAGAGUUCCUCCCGAGUAACCAGUACCAGUUUACUAUAAGUGAAGAGGCACGAGAGGGCACCGUUGUAGGUUCGGUACAAGCAGAGGACCGCGACGAAGGCGGCAACGGACGCGUCAGCUACUCCAUCCAGUCCCCAGGCAACAGCACGAGACGCGACCGCACCAAGGCCUUCUCCAUCGACGAGGACAAGGGCACCAUCCGCCUCGUCACCAAGCUGCUUCCUGGCGAGGUCACGCUCUUCGUCGAGGCGUCUGAUAGGCCGUCUAACCCUUCGGAGACGAGGACAUCUCUCGCCGUGGUCACUGUUUACGUCCAGGCAACCCAGAUGUGGGAGCCGAGGUUCGUGGGCGCCCCCUACGAGCUGUGGGUGGGGAGUGACGCCACCGUGGGCACCAGUGUGGGGCAAGUACGCGUCGUGGACAUGGAAGGCUCAGAACUCAUGUUUGAUAUGUUCCAUUCCUACCAAGAAGGAGUUCCCUUCGCCAUCGAGGAGAGCUCUGGCAUCGUCUCGGUCGUGGCUCCUGUCCAGCAGUUCUCGAGGACCAACUACGAGUUCGAGGCGGUGGUCACGGACGGGCGGACGUCGCUCGUCACCAACGUCACCAUCCACGUCGCCCCCAACAGGAGGCCUUCCACCAGGCGCAGCACCGUCGUCAACUUCUCCGUGCAGAGCUCUGGCAUCGUCUCGGUCGUGGCUCCUGUCCAGCAGUUCUCGAGGACCAACUACGAGUUCGAGGCGGUGGUCACGGACGGGCGGACGUCGCUCGUCACCAACGUCACCAUCCACGUCGCCCCCAACAGGAGGCCUUCCACCAGGCGCAGCACCGUCGUCAACUUCUCCGUGCAGGUGAGUGGAGACUGGGCUUUGUGGUAUUUCAUUUUUCCCUUCGCCAUCGAGGAGAGCUCUGGCAUCGUCUCGGUCGUGGCUCCUGUCCAGCAGUUCUCGAGGACCAACUACGAGUUCGAGGCGGUGGUCACGGACGGGCGGACGUCGCUCGUCACCAACGUCACCAUCCACGUCGCCCCCAACAGGAGGCCCUCCACCAGGCGCAGCACCGUCGUCAACUUCUCCGUGCAGGUGAGUCCGGAAGCCAGGAAGUACUUCGCCCUUGGCCAGGACGCCUCCCUGUACACCGUGGCGCCCUUGGACUACGAGGCCUCCCCCAACCACACGCUGGUCAUCGUCAGCGGAAGGACCUCGGAUAUUUAUUACGUGAACGUGCAGGUUGAGGAUCUGAACGACAACCCGCCCCAGCUGAACGCGGUGGCGUACGAGGGCACCAUCAGGGAAAACGCCUUACCGGGCACCACCAUAAGAGUUCUUCCUGCUAUACAGGUGAGCGACAAGGACCAGUACCCCGGCGCCACCUACUUCCUCCAGCUGUUCGGCGACGCGGCUCACCUGUUCAACAUCGACUCCUCGACCGGCCAGGUCACCUUCGUCGGCGACGACCUGGACCGCGAGAAGGUCGACUCUUACGUGCUGCGCGUGGAGGCGCGCGACGACGGCAACCUCACGUCGACGGCCAACCUCACCAUCAACAUCGAGGACGUGAACGACAACCCGCCGCGGUUCGUGCAGCGCGAGCCGCUCUUCUCGGCGCGGGAGGACGACCCGGACGAGAACUCCUCGAGGAAGCUCCCCGAUACGUCCAACCUCGAGUACCUGGCGGACCUCGAGCGCUCCCUCGUCAAGAUCCCCGAGUCCCUGCCCAUUGGCAGCCGCGUGACGGAGGUCACGGCCACCGAUGACGACGAGAAGCUGUACGCCGACGUCCGCUACAAGAUCGACGCGCAGACCUCCUUCAGCUUCGCCGGCGGGGAGAACACGACGCCCAUUCUGGAGGAGGCGUCGACCUUCUCCAUCGAGAGCAAGACGGGCGUGGUCGUGGUGGCGGGGCCCCUGGAGCCCGACCACUUCUACCUCCUGAACAUCUCGGCGACGGACGGCGGCGGCCUGGCGUCGCACACGACCGUCUCCGUCGCCGUGUUCGACGUGAACGACCACGCGCCGCGGUUCGAGCGCCCCGUCUACAACUUCGAGGUGGUGGAGGGCGAGUACCUGGUGGGGGAGGUUGGCAAGGUGGUAGCCUUCGACCAGGACUUCGGCAACAACGCCAAGGUGCACUACCAGAUCAUCUUCUACAAGAACUCGAGCGAGGACCAGGUGUUCCCCUUCAGGAUCGUGGAGACCUCGGGCACCAUCCUGGCCACGGGCACCGUCAACCGCGAGGAGCGCGAGGUGUACGAGUUCUCGGUCGUGGCCACGGACAUGGGCACGCCGCAGCUCUCCUCGUCCGUCCUCGUCCACAUCGACAUCAUCGACGUUAACGACCACCGCCCCGUCUUCUACGACUACAAGGACGCAAUCUACUCCGGGGAGGCGAGCAGCGACGGCCAGCUGGAGUCGGGCAACGCCACCUUCACGCCGGUGUACACGGCCGCCCUCUCGGAGCACGCCCCUCGCGGCACCGUCGUGGCCAGGCUGUUCGCGAACGACUCCGACUCCGGCACGUCGGGGAACGGCCUCAUCCUGUACAAGCUGGAGGGCGGCGAGGACAAGUUCUCCAUCGACUCGAACAACGGCAGCGUGUACACCGUGGGCGCGCUGGACUACGAGCGCGCCCCGACCCACAACCUGACGGUGGUGGCGCAGGACCUGGGCACCCCGCCGCUCUCUGCCUCCGCCCUGCUGGUGGUCACGGUCGUCGACGAGGAGGAGGAGCUCACCACGCGUCUCUUCGACCGGGAGGAGUACGAGGUUCGCGUGAUGGAGAACAACGACACCCCCCUGCGACUUCUGGAUCUGAACGUGAGCGAGGCGUUCUCCGGGCAGCAGCUCCACUACCAGCUGGUCGACCCGGGUAUGUCGGGCACUGUGGCGGUCGACUCGUACUCGGGCGAAGUCUACCUCAUCGCCAGCCUCGAUCGGGAGACCAAGAGUAGCUAUCGGUUCAAGGUACGAGCAACGCAGCCGGAACGAGGCCGCGCUCUGGAGUACCUGAACGAGCAGUCGCAAAGCACGAGACGUUUCGAGGGAACGGCGGAGGACGAACUGACUUCUCCUCCCCCAGCUGACACCGAAGUCCCCGUCGUCGUCGCCUUAGAAACACUCCCUCACGACGACGAAGGUGGGUUGAGCGUCCCUGCCGAGGUGGUCUCCUUGGGGACUUACAGGAAGCCCGUGAGAAGGCAGAGGACAGCGCCGCCCUUGGGGGAGCCUGCCGUCGGGACACAGCCUUUGCGCGCACAGACGAGCCUGUUGGUGGGCGGCGGGCGCGACCUGGACCUCGGGAUGGACGAGGUGUGGGUGGCGGUGGAGGUGGAGGACCAGAACGACAACAGCCCCAGCAUCCUUCCCCAGGGGCGGCCCGUCGUGGCGGCUGUCCCUGCCACGGCUGCGUACGGGCACUUCGUCACUAGGAUCAUGGCUAGCGACCCAGACCAGGGCAUCAACGGGGAACUGCGCUACGAGAUUCUACCCGGCGAAGGGGCACAGGACGCCAGCACCAGGUUCGCCGUCGACCCCGUGUCAGGCCAGGUGGUUGUAAUCGGUUCCUUGGAGGACGAAUCCGGUAAGAUGUUUGGCUUCGACGUCCGUGUAAGCGAUCAGGGCGGAGCUCCAUCGGCUCGGUCGGCCAUCGCGAACGUUUUCGUGCACGUCUUGGGAGCAGGAGGUCACCUGGUGCUGGAAGUGGCAGCAAAGCCACGAGAAGUAGAACCCCAUCUCUACCACAUCCAAGGGAUGCUGACCAACGUGUCUGGGCUGGAUGUUCGCGUGCAGAGAAUAGCGCCCCAUGUUGACGGUGACGCGGCGCUUACUACGGCGACAGACAUGUACGUUUAUGCAGUUGACCCGAUCACUCAGUCUGUGGUCGACGCCAGCCACCUCCGCCAGGCGCUCAGGGUGAGGAAGAGUGAGCUGAAGUCCCUCCUUCCCGGUGGCGUCCAUUUCAGGGGCAUGAGGGUGCCUCUGCCUUCUCGCCAGGGACAUGUGUUACAGACUGCGGAGUUGGCGAUACUGAUUGGCGCCGUGGUGGUGUUCCUCGUGACAGUUACGACGAUCGUGUGUCUCUGUUACAAGCAAAGAAAGAGCCGCCGCAAGCCCAUGCCGAUGCCGCCCAUGAUGACCGCCGCAGGGAUCCCCGUGAUGCCCCUGGCCUACCCCGGCCCCUUCGCCGCCCCCUACACCCACAUGAGCGACCACAGCAGCUCGGAGUCCACAGAGGCCCAGGAGCUUCCCCACGACCAUCCUCACUAUCCUCAUGACCUGGUCCACUACCCGCCUGACCCGGCUGGCUACCCGGUUGACCCAGCCGUCACGACCCACUUCCCUCAGGACCCCAGCCACUACCCACGCCCGCCGCCCAGACGUCGCUCCUGCGCCCACAGCUUCCAGGCAGAUCGAGAGCUGUUGCACCCUUGUAGCAGCGGCGAGAGAGUGUCUUCCCACACCGACGAGGACGAGGGCAGCGGCCCGGUGUGUCUCCGCCACGCCCCCUCACGGAAGCGCCGCCGAGGCACCCAGCAGGGAGCAGAAGGCAGAGGAAGCGGGCCGAGCCACAAGAGCAGGAGCUCCUCGAGGGCGGGUCGAAGAGCGCUGGGGGAAGAGCCCUCGAGUUCGGACUUCGAUGAGAGGGACCACGCGCCUCCCCUGGUCACCAUCCCCAGGCCUCAACCCUGCUGCAUGGAGGAUAGACAGAGACCAAACCCAAACAACCCACGAACAUUACCGACCGUCGACUGCACGCUAGAGAACCCCGGCAGAGCCCACUCCCCCGACAGCCUAGAACGUCCCUCGCACUGCCGGGCUGCCGCUCACACACACACCAUCCCCCGCACGCACCUCAAGAGGGAGAGGGGCUCGGAGCAUGCAGGAGGGAGGAACUCUGAUCUCCACCCGAGUGACGUGACAGAGCUUUGAUGUUUUCGACUUUGGCGCUUGUGAUGAAGAC